CUGCAGCGCAAGCCCGUCAGAACAAGAUAUAUUGGACGAGGUAACAUGUGCCAGAGUGCCACCCUGCCCUCAUUGGUCCACUCUACAGCAGGCAGGGCCCAGCAACUCCAUGGAAAUGAAUCCCCUCCUCCCAUUUAGCUUGUUCCCUGUCUUUACGGAGAUGGACCACCUCCACAAAGCUCUGAUUGGCCCAGGGUUUCGAGUGGCCACACCCCUGAGGAAGGAGCCUAGCUCCUGUAGCGUAUGCCAACUGAAGUUUAACUCAGAAAGCCAGGCCACAUCCCACUACAGUGGAACCAAACACGCCAAGAAGCUCAAAAUUAAAGAUGCUCCUGACUGCAAGUCUAAAAGCAACGACGCGGUCUCCAAGGAAACCACACUUCAGCCUCUCAACACAGACACAGAUGGCGCAGACGGAAUUGAGCUGGCACCACCCAGCGCCACAGAGGCAGCACUGCCGAGUUGCCUGCCACCCAGAACCACCGAGGUAUCCGCUGAGCCCCUCUCUUUAGAGAAGGAGAUGGACAAGGAGGCGGGAGGGGAGGUUGAUGAGGAGACGGAGGAAGAGAAAGCGAUGCGACUUCUGUAUUGUUCCCUCUGCAAAGUCGCUGUGAACUCUGCUUCUCAGCUUCAGGCUCACAACAGCGGUACAAAGCACAAGACCAUGCUGGCAGCCCGGAGUGGGGAGGGAGCCAUCAAGUCCUUCCCCAGGUCAGGGGUCAAAGCCAAGAUGGCCGCUCCCACCGAGGCACUAACGGGCCUCCAGAACAAAACAUUCCACUGUGAGAUCUGUGACGUGCACGUCAACUCCGAAACACAGCUCAAGCAGCACAUUAGCAGUAGGAGGCAUAAAGACAGAGCUGCAGGUAAACCAGCCAAGCCAAAAUUCAGCCCCUACAGUCCCACCCAGCGCAGCCAGACUCAACAAGCUGUGCGUCUUUCUCUGAGGAAGGAACAGGACCUGGGCAAGCCUCUGGCCUCCUGUCUUUUACAACGGCAUCUUUCUCUUGCUACCGCUGCUGCCAUGGCAACUCUAUCACCCUUCCAUCUGCGCCCCGCCUCUACUCCCAACCCCGCCCUCUUCCAGGCCCAAACACUCCCCCAGGCUCUGCUGCACCCUCCCCCUGGGCCGAUCCGGUCAGCGCGCACACCUGUGCUCUUCUCCCCGUACUGACGCACACCUGAACCACACUUGAACCACAGCUGGACCACAGCUGGACCACAGUGGACCACAGUGGACUACUGAUAUAAAUACAGAACAGACAAACAUGAGAAACACACUUUUAUCUUUGGAUCUUUUGGAGGUUCCUACUUGUUAGAUUCCAUGCGCUGCCUCUUUUUUCUAUGUGCUCAUGUUCGAGCGUGCGUGUGAAUGUGUGUGUGUGCGUGUUUAUGUUUACAUUUGAACACCUGUGGAUUUUCAAUAAAAUAUAUGUGGAUGUUGA